AGGAUCAAACUCGCGUCUCAGGGUCGAACGGUACGAGGCCUCAAGAAGCAUGCACACUGCGAUGCUGUCCUGAUUCUUCCUCUCCGUCCGGCACCUCGAUGAACGCGGGGAAAAGAAAAUCUCACGCCUUUGAUUUACUGUCCGGCACUAACUUGAAUAAUACUCACGUCUCAUGGAGAGUGGACAAACAUAUCCACCCUUCGAUGCUUUCCUGAUUUCUUCCUCUCCGUCCGGCGUCUCACUGAACGCGGGAAAAGAAAAUAACAUUCGAGGUGAUCGAGACGAGCGACCUUCAUCCUGACAGCUUACGAGAUUGACCGGCGUCUCCGACUGAAAACCAGACACUUUAAUUAACGUAAUAAACAUCGUGAAUACAGCGUUUUAAUUAUGCAGGGCAGGUGUAUCUAGCUGGGCGGGAGAGACGCAGGUGUGUUUUCUAUGGAAAUGGAUGGCGAAAUAGGCUGUAUAAUUGCAGCUCUGCCUUCGUCCUGCCCCAGUGUUCCUAACCUUCCUUUCGCGACGCGGCGUGAGUGUAGGCUGUACCUUACCUUCACGGGUCAUUCACAAGCCUCUUAGUAGUGCUGAGAGCCGUGUGCCCUCCACCCCCCGCCGUCUGGUACUUAGCUAUCUUUUGUCGAAGGAGUGGCGACGCAGUGAAUAUAAUAGUCUUGGCGCGCCGCGGCCUCUCCUCUGAAGACCGCUGGGACAGAAGGCCUCCCGCCGCAUCGCCGCUGCCUUCACCCCGCGAGGCCAAUGCUGCGUCCAGGGCGGCUGCUGGUGCCUUACUGCAAUAAGCGACUCCGUCUGCCGGUGCUCCUCGGCCUCUGCUUAACCUGUGGACUGUUGCUGGGCUACCUCCGUCAGCAGGACGGCUACAGUGACGCCUCUGCAGUUCCAGUCUUCGACCUUGUCCAGAGAGCAGCGAUAAGGACGACGCACGAUGUGCUCAAAGCUGAGGCUGAGGCGGACCACAGCACCAACACAGUGGACCAGACCGUGGCCCUGCAGCCGCCGAGGACACUCAUGCCCCCCGUGCCGCCGCCCUUCAGCCCCCACCCCGACUUUCCCUACAGGUACCUGAUCAACGAGCCUCACCUGUGCGAGGGCGAGGUGUUCGUCAUCAACAUGGUGCCCAUCGCCAGGACCAGCUUCGCGGCGCGGCAGAGAAUCAGGGCGCUGUGGGGGAACAGGACCGUGGCCGCGGUGGGCAGCCUUGGGAUGCGAACCGUGUUUGUGGUGGGUGUGAGUGGAGCAGCAGCAGCAGCAGCAGCAGCAGCGAGCCAGCAGACGCAGCGGCGGAUAGAGGAGGAAGCCCGCGCCCACCGCGACAUUAUCCAGGUGGACUUCGUGGACUCCUACCGUAACCUGACGCUGAAGACCCUCACCAUGCUGCACUGGACCCUCACGCACUGUCCUCACGCCGCCUGGCUCCUCAAGAGUGACGAGGACGUGUUCAUCAACCCGUUUGCGUUGAUGAGUGCCCUCAAGCACCAUGCGAAUGCGAGCUUCGUGUGUAGGGUGAACGAGGUGCCCCCAGUGUGUCGCAAGGGUGACAACUGUCACAGUAAGUGGGUUGUGUCUCGCGAUGACUACCAAAACGACACAUUUCCAUCUCACUGCAGCGGCGCGGCCUACGCCGUGUCCGCCGGCAUGACGAAGAAGCUGUACUCCGUGGCCAACAAGACGCAUCACCUCUUCCUGGAGGAUGUUUACGUCACAGGCAUCCUUGCGAAGGCCUUUCAGCCCCGAUAUAUUGACGUGCGCGCCAGGAUCAAGAGAGUAACGCGAACGUUCGAGGAUAAGCAUUGGAACGGUAAGGUUUUGUUUACUUUGUUUAGCUGGCGUGUUAGAAAUGAACUCAGCUACACCCUGUGGGACAGAAUACUCGAGUACAACAACGUCUCUCGCCUCUCCCCGUGACGGCCGCACCACGGAACGCACCAGUGAACCAGGACUGAGGACGGACCAGAUUUACAAUAAGAGUGACAAAUAUGUCUAGAUAUACCAACAUGCUAGACCUCUUCCUUACCUCUAACCCUUCUGCUUACUCUGUCAAACUGUUCUCUCCGUUGGGCUCCUCCGAUCACAACCUUAUUUCUGUAUGCUGUCCUAGUGCUCCUGUUCAUCCUCUGGACCCACCGAAGAGGCGAUGCUUCCGACAUUUUGCCUCAGCUCGGUGGGACGACCAGAGGAUGUACUUUUCUGAUUUCCCGUGGAAUGAUUACUGCUUCCAGGAGCGAGACCCCUCUGUGUGUGCCCAGCGCAUCACAGAGGUGAUUGUCUCUGGAAUGGAGGCAUACAUUCCACGUACUUUCUCUACUCCUCAUGCUAAAAAGCCUUGGUUUAAUCAUGCUUGUUCUCGUGCUGUCAAAGAUAGAGAGGCAGCUCACAAAAGGUACCAGAGCCUUCGCACUCCUGCUAACCAUGAUCUUUAUAUUUCAGCCCGGAAUCGUGCCAAAUCUAUUCUUCGACUUACCAAAACAUCUUUCAUAAAUAGAAAAUGUCAAAACCUUGCUUUUUCUAAUUCUUCCCGUGACUUCUGGCACCUAGCCAAAAAUAUCUCCUCCAAUUUCACUUCUUCAUCUUUCCCUCCUCUCCUUAACCCUGACGGCAGCACCGCCGUCUCAUCUAUCUCUAAGGCUGAACUCUUCUCUCAAACUUUCUGUAACAACUCCACUCUGGACGAUUCUGGGCAUAUUCCUCCUACUCAUCCCCCCUCUGACUCCUUUAUGCCUGUUAUUAAGAUUCUUAAGAGUGAUGUUUUCUAUGCCCUCUCUGGCCUCAACUCUCAGAAGGCUUAUGGACCUGAUGGAGUGCCUCCUAUUGUACUUAAAAACUGUGCCUCCGUGCUGACACCCUGCCUGGUCAAACUCUUUCGCCUCUGCCUGUCAACAUCUACCUUUCCUUCCUGCUGGAAGUAUGCCUUCAUACAGCCUGUGCCUAAGAAGGGUGACCGAUCCAAUCCCUCAGACUACCGGCCUAUAGCUGGUUUUGUUCUCUGGAAGGUUGGAAAAUAUAAGUCAAAGUGAGGGAGCGAGGGAGGUUAGAGGGAAAGUGUUGGAGGGAGAUGGAGGGUAGGAGGGCGAUCGACUGACGAAAAAAAACUCACAGGAACUCAAUUAACCUUCUCUAUGGCCUUAUGAAACAGUGGUGAUGUGGGUGAUAGUGCCACACGGAAUCGUAAUGCCUUGGCACUUGGAAACUAACUAACUAACUAACAUCUUGAAACUGCUAGAUGAAGGAGAUAUAGAAGUUAACCAAGACUGCUCAAACAACCUUGGGGCGGCCGUAAAAGUGGUCCCAUGCACACCUGAACCGUACUAAUCAACUCUCUUCAUGAGCCGUGAAAUGAACGUAACGAAGGGUUGAAGGUAAUGGUUUUAUGGCUGCUUUCCAUAAACAGCAAAGACAGCGCGGGGGAUAUCACCUGUUGGGAGUUAACUGUUCAAUACGCCGCUAACGUGAUUACUUUCUACACUUUCAAGAGGAGAGUAUCAGGACGCCUCAUCUUGGCCCAGGAAAUUAAUUCGUAAGGAAGGCUCACAGUGAUACCAAUCUGAUUACUCUCCAUAAGCAGUAUUUAAUCAUUAUGGUGGUAAUAAUGACAGUAAUAACAGUAAUGGAAGUUUGAAACGAUAUAUAUGCUAGGAUUUCUGUAAUAAACGUGUUAUGUACCGGAA